AUGAAUAUUACAACUUUAAGAAAUGUAACAGAUGUUGAUGGUUUUGUUGCUAAUUAUGCAAUGACUAUUGCAGGAUUGUACAGUGUCCUUGGAGUACUUGAAAUUUAUGGAAAAAUUUACACAUCAAGAAAUGUCAAAAUAAUGAUAGCAUUCAUUUGGAUAAUACCAUUUUUUAUAUUUGCCAUGGCAUUUACUGAACUUUAUGGAAAAGUGGGUCAAAGUUCAAAGAGUUUAAUUUGCACAAUGCUACGUAAAGAUGGACAUGAUAUUAGAUUGAUUAGUACUUUGGCAAGUUUUAUAAUACCAUUUACAGUUACAUCAAUAACAUUUCUUUUAAUAUAUAAAAAAGUACGUUUUAAUGAUUCAACAAAAGAAUCUAAUGGUCAAGAAAAUGAAGUUAAUGAUUUGUCAAUGUUUAAAAUAAUGUUGGUAAUAUUUAUCUGUCUUUUAAUAUGUUAUUUGCCAAAGCCAUUACUUGCUGUAUUUGAUGAUAAUCGUGAUUAUCCAAAAGUAAAUGUCAUUGGUGAAAGUAUUUAUUGGACUCAUGUAUUUACAAAUCCAAUUAUAUUUUUUUUUACUGGUAAACUUUAUCGUGAAGCUUAUCGACAAAUGAUGUUUUCAUCUGGUAAAAAAAAAACAACUAAUAACCAAGCAACAAUGUAG